AUGUCUCCAAUCCGUCUGGUCACAUUCGACGCCCUCUACACACUCAUAACCCUCCGCUAUCCCGUUCACGUGCAGUAUUCGCAAGUAUUUGCGCCAUACGUAGGCGUGUUGCAGCCCGAAGCCAUCCAAAUGUCCUUCAAAGAGGCAUGGAAGGUAAUCGAAAGGGAAGACUCCUCUAAUCCUAGAGGCUCGGAAGAGAAGUGGCGAGAUAUCAUUCGGAGGACGGCUCUCGGAGCAGGAGCUAACCAGCAAGCAUUGGACGUGUCGCUGUCCGAGAUACUGCCUCGCCUCAUGGAACGAUUCAGUAGCAAAGAAGGGUACAAGGCCUUCGACGAUGCCAUUCCCACAAUCCAUCGACUCAACGACGAGCUAGGAGUUCGAACGGCUGUCAUUAGCAAUGGAGAUUUUCGCAUACGCUCCGCCCUGACAUCCCUCGGGUUUCCCGACACACUUAACUCAAUCAUCCUCAGUGACGUGGAAGGUGUUGAGAAACCUUCUCCUGAAAUCUUCAUGAAAGCAUUAGACGCCGUCAACGCAACAAUAUCACCCAAAAAGUAUAUCCAACCUGCUGAGUGUCUUCACGUAGGAGACGAGUUGGUCUGCGACUAUAAGGGUGCCACAGGCGCAGGUUUCGAAGCCUUGUUACUGCGCCGACAUGGUGUUGAAGGAGAACGUGCGCAUAGAGGCCAAGACGAAGACGAAGACCUAAUAGGUGUUCCUGUCAUCCAUAAUCUGGACGCCGUCGUAGAUGUGGUGCGUGAGAGACCCUCGUAA